AUGUUCACCAUUUUGAAGCAGUAUAGUAUGCGGCUCAACCUCACCAAGUGUGCAUUUGGGGUGGCCUUCGGCAAAUUCCUUGGCUUCGUGAUCAACCAAAGAGGUAUUGAGGCCAACCCAGAGAAGAUCCAGGCUAUCUUGGACAUGACAAUACCCAAGACGGUCAAGGACAUUCAGAGCCUUACCGGGCGUGUCGCAGCCCUGACCAGAUUUAUCUCUAAGGGCACUGAUCGUUGCCCCCCAUUCUUCAAGGCACUUAAAGGUAUCAAACGCAGCAUUACCUGGACUACCGAAUGUGACCAAGCAUUUGGUGAGCUCAAGGCAUACAUGAGCCGAGCCCCUUUAUUGUCAACCCCUGAGUCUGGGGACCUCCUCACCAUCUACCUCUCUGUCUCAGCCACAACGGUUAACUCAGUGCUCAUUCGACCACACGAAUAUGCUGAGCAUCCGAUGCACUAUGUGAGCAAAGGAUUGCAAGAUGCGGAGGUUCGAUACCCAAACAUUGAGAAACUUGCUUUCGCCCUGGUGGUUUCGGCUAGGCGCCUCAGACCAUACUUCCAAGCUCACACCAUCCAUGUCUUAACCAACCAAUCGCUCCGGCAAGUGUUGCAGAAGCCAGAGACUUCUGGGAGGUUAGUUAAGUGGGCCAUUGAACUUGGUGAGUUUGAUAUCCACUACAAACCCCGCCAAGCCACAAAGGGCCAAGCCGUGGCUGAUUUGAUAUAUAAAUUCACCGAACCCCAUACUCUGGCCAGUCCUCAGAUUGCAAUCAAGCCUACUCUUACCUCGAACCAGGUCCACGUCGCCAGCAAUGGCUCCCUAGACUUAACUCAGCCCUUACGGACCUUAUAUGUGGAUGGCUUUUCCAAUGCCCAGGGAUGUGGAGCUGGCCUCGUUCUCAUCUCCCCAGACAAGGUUGUCCUUGAGUACGCCCUCUGCUUCAAAUUCCAUGCCUCCAACAAUGAGGCCGAAUACGAAGCACUCUUAGCCGGCCUUUGGCUAGCCAAGGAGAUGGGCGCCAAGCAAAUCUAA